GCUAGUGACUAAGGUUGGAGCAACCUUAAUCACGUGAUUUAUCGUAGAAUCACGUGAAUACUAGAGUUUGCAGACUUCGUUAUAGAACGUCAAAUGGCCGAGAUGAAAUUGAAUCGAGCAGCAAAGAGAAGAUUGUUGAAGAAAGAAAAUAGACGAGCAAAACGGCAAGAGGAAGCUAGGAAAAAUGAGGAAGCUGAAAGAAGACUUCAAACCAGUCCUGGAUACCUUCAACGACUAGCUUUGGAACAAGAAGAAGCAGAAAGAAUUCAGCAGAAGGAAGAAUCAGAAAGACAUCGAGAGGAGGAACUUUGGGUAGAAAGAGAGAAAAAGGCACAGGAAGAAUUCAACAUUAGAAAACUUCAGCAAGAAGAGCAGGAACGUUUAGAGGCUGAUGCAAGAGCAAGGGAGGAACAAGAGGCAAUAGAGAAGAAGAAACAGCAGGAAGAACUGCUAGCACAGGCUAUUCCACAAGCUUCAAACAAGGAGUGGUGUAACCCACCAGCUCCUGUUCACCAUUCUAGUGGAGGAGACAAGAAGCCUUGCCCAUUCUUUGUGAAGACGGGAGCAUGUCGCUUUGGAGACAGAUGUUCGAAGCAUCACGACUGGCCAGUGAUCAGUUCAACACUGCUAAUACCCAACAUGUUCAACAUUUUUGAGUUGGAUCAGCAGCAGCUGAAUGAAGCUGAUCAAGACGUUGAACUAGAGUAUGAUGAAAGGGAAGUCUACUUGAAGUUCAUUGAUUUUUACGAAGACAUCAAACCUGCAUUUGAAGAUGCUGGUCGUGUAAUUCAGCUUAAGGUGUGUUGUAACAUGGAGCCCCAUCUUCGUGGGAAUGUUUAUGUUCAAUACGAGAAUGAGGAAGAUGCUAGUCGAGCAUUUACAAUAUUUAAUGGCCGUUGGUAUGCACAACACCAACUGUCUGUUCAGUUUACGUCUGUGAAUAACUGGAAAGCUGCAAUAUGUGGACUUUUCCAUCGAAAUGCGUGUCCCAAGGGAAGAUACUGUAAUUUCCUCCAUGUUUUCAGAAAUCCUAGAAAUGAGUUUUCUGAGUUGAAAAGAAGUUCAAGAGAUGAAGCUAUACACUUUUCACAUUAUCGCUUUGAUACUGCAGCACCAAGAAGCUAUAAUCAUGCGAGGAGUGAUAGAAGUGGCUAUGAACAUGACAGAUUUAAUAGAAAGCAAAGAAGAAGCAGUGAGAAGUUUUCCGAUACUAGUGAGCAGAAAGCACGAGGAUCUCAUAGACACAGACGAUCCAAAAGCAGAGAAAGGCCGAGGACAAGAGACAGAACAAAGUUAUCACACAGAGAGAGUCGGUCAAGAUCAAGAGAAGGAAGAGCAAGGUCAAGGUCAAGGUCAAGAGACAGACGUAGAUCAAGAUCAAAGUCAUAUGAUAGACAAAGAACAAGUUCACGAGAUAGAGACAGAUGGUCAAGAUCAAGAUCAAGAGCAUGGAGUGGUAACAGUGAUAUCAGUGAUGUUGACUCUCCAUCAAACAGUGACAAACAUCAUAGCUCAAAGAGUAGACAGUCAGGAAAAAAGAAAAAGAAGAGACGCAAGUCAAGAUCAAGAGAAAGGAAGAGGCGACAUAACAACAGUGAUGAUGAGAUUAAUCAUCACAACCACAAGAAACACAAGGCGAGAGAUUUAGCGGAUGACAAACAAUUGGACAAUGAGAAGGAACAAAUGAAUAGUAAGGAUGAUAAUGAGGAUGCUGGUAAAUGAAGCCAGUAGAAAAUAGUGAGCAAUAGGAAAAAUCAAGUUGUUGCUAGUGGGAUGGUUAGCUGUGUAGCGUUCGUGCAUAUGCACACGCACGCACACACACACACACACACACACACACACACACACACACACACACACACACACACACACACACACAUUUAUCAAGUUGAGAAUUAAUUAACUGCCACAAUAGUAAUCUAUUUAUAAAGUGUAGAUUAUUUUUUCAUGGCUUUUGAAAUGUCGACAAUGGAAACAUUUUGAGACUGUA